CUUCGUCAUGGCCCCCAAGUACGCUCGUGACCAGCCAGAUGGCUUCACGAAUCAGAUCGAACGCGUUGCCAUCGUUGGAGCUGGUGGUCAAAUCGGUUCAUACUUUGUCCGGGCAUUGCUGGAAACUGGAAAGCACCGCUUGACAGCAAUCACCAGAAAAUCCAGCAACACACUCCCUAAAGGGGUUCACGAAGUUGAAGUGGACUACGACGACGAGGCAACUUUGGUCCAUGCGCUUCAAGACCAGCAGUUUCUCAUCAUCACUAUGGCCGUCACCGCACCGGCUGGAACCCAGAGCAAGAUUAUCAGAGCAGCCGCCAAGGCGGGCGUGCCUUAUGUGAUGCCUAGCUGGUACGGCGCUGACAUUGAGCGAAAGAACCUCCUCAAAGACCUACCCAUCCGGGCUGACUGGACAAACGUCACCGAGGAGAUUUCCUCAUUGGGCGUCAGCUCUUGGAUCGCUUAUACGACUGGAUUCUGGUACGAGUUUAGUUUACUAGGCGCACCAGAUGCGUAUGGAUUUGACAUCAAGAAUCGGCACUUCACGAUCAUUGAUGAUGGGGACGUAGCUAUCAAUACUUCGACAUAUGCGCAGUGCGGGCGCGGUCUCGCAAAGCUGCUGAGUCUGAAAGAGCUCCCGGAGGAUGAGAGUGAUCGCUCUAAGACUCUUUCUCAAUUUAGAAACUCUACGCUCUACGUGUCCAGCUUUCGUUUGACGCAGCGGGAUAUGUUCGAUAGUCUGAAGCGGGUGACAGGAACGGAUGAUGCGGAUUGGACGAUCUCGAAUGAAACAUCUGCUCAAAGGUGGAGGGAUGGCAGAGAUGAGCUUCAGAGUGGCCAAUAUACUGGUUUCAUUAAGCAGCUGUACAGUCGGAUUUUCUUCCCAGGGGGGGACGGAGAUUAUGAGACAACGCCUGGUACGCAUAAUGCUGUACUGGGAUUGCCGAAGGAGGAUCUUGAUGAAGCAACACGGAGAUCUGUUGAGAUUUUUGGCUCUGAGAAAUAGGGAUAUAACGCCUUGAUUUGAUGGCUAUAUGGCAAAGGAAUAGUUCGUAUAGGAGUGAUGUACAGCAUGCAAUUUCAUAUCUCCCCUCAUAAUGAUAACCAAUUAUACACCUGAGCAAUUCAGCCUUACGCAACUACCGGUCCUAAUUAAUACUAGGCAUUAGUAUAAAAUCUAUUAGUACAAGCAAUUAUUCUUCACGGAUUUAUAUCUCUAAAUCAAG